GCCGCCAUGGCGCACAUCACUACCAACCAGUCCCUGCAGCAGGCCUAUGAAGCAAUUGAAACCAGAGAUGGGGAAUGCUUUGCAGAGCUGGUGUCUUUCAAGCAUCCUCACGCUGCCAACCCACGGCUUCAGUUGGCCUCUCCGGAGGAGAAGUGUCAACAAGUUUUGGAACCCCCUUAUGAUGAAAUGUUUGCAGCUCACUUAAGGUGCACGUACACAGUGGGGAACCGUGACUUCACAGAGGCAUACAGAUGCCAGACUGUCAUCAUCCAAUCAUUCCUGCGGGCGUUUCAGGCCCACAAAGAAGAAAACUGGGUUCUGCCUGUCAUGUAUGCAGUAGCACUCGAUCUUCGAGUAUUUGCCAGUAAUGCAGAUCAGCAGCUGGUUAAGAAAGGAAAAAGCAAAGUUGGGGACAUGUUGGAAAAAGCUGCUGAGUUGUUGAUGAGCUGUUUCCGCGCCUGUGCCAGUGACACUCCUGCUGGUAUAGAGGAUUCUAAGAAGUGGGGGAUGCUGUUUCUGGCGAAUCAGUUAUUCAAGAUUUACUUUAAGAUCAACAAACUCCAUUUGUGUACACCUCUCAUCAGAGCCAUCGACCGCUCAAAUCUGAAAGAAGAUUCUAGCACAGCACAGAGAGUAACGUACAGGUACUACGUUGGACGAAAGGCCAUGUUUGAUCGUGGCUUUAAACAAGCCGAGAAGUACCUGUCCUUUGCCUUUGCGCACUGUCACCGUUUGAGUCAGAAGAACAAAAGGAUGAUUUUGAUAUAUUUACUCCCAGUAAAAAUGCUGUUGGGUCAUAUGCCAACCAUUGAGCUUUUGAAAAAGUAUCAUCUCAUGCAGUUUGCUGAAGUAACCAGAGCUGUAAGUGAAGGCAAUCUCCUUCUAUUGAAAGAGGCUCUAGCAAAGCAUGAGACCUUCUUUAUUCGCUGGGGCAUCUUCCUUAUCCUUGAAAAGCUGAAGAUCCUCAUCUACAGAAAUCUUUUUAGGAAAGUGUACUUGUUACCCAAAACACACCAGUUAUCUCUGGAUGCUUUUCUAGUUGCUUUGAAAUUCAUGCAAGUGGAAGACGUGGACAUCGAUGAAGUCCAGUGUAUUCUAGACAACCUGAUAUACAUGGGUCACAUCAAAGGCUAUAUACCACAUCAGCAUCAGAAGCUAGUUGUUAGCAAGCAAAAUCCGUUUCCUCCGCUGUCUACAGUGUGUUGAAUGUAGCAACACCUGUUCCUCUGGUGUGCAUCGUACUAAUGAAAUCA